GGGGCCCGUUUCAUAAAACUUUUGACUUGCAACUGUAACAUCUCCCAUAUCUAUGGCAAAUCUUGUUAUUGCAAUGGCAACUUGUCAUAGUUGCAAAUAUCCGUUUCAUAAAAGCAAUGACAAAUUGUUAUCGUAAAUAAAAAUAAUUAAAUGAAAAAUAGUUCGUGAACGAGCCUGAUAUGCAGCUAACAGCCGUUUUUUUUCUUCACACACGUCGUCUGCGAUAAAAUUUUGAUGGUGACAGAAUUUACGGAAAAUUUGAAUCGGAGAUAUGGAGACCAGCAGCGUGGCAGCAGGAGCUAAUGUUGGUUGUGAUAAGGCAUAUACCACCAUCAACAAUGCUGCAAUUGCAGUCACCACCACCACUGCUGCCACCACCAUCAGUGCUGCUAAUGCCACCACCACCAAGUCUGCUUCUGCCACUGCCAUCACCAUUGCCACCGCCACUACCAAGACCACUCCUGACACAAAGCCCCCAAGUCCUCAACUGACCAGAUAUUGCAGCUGGAGAAGGAUAGACCAGGAACUUCAAAGCCAGGGCUUGCCGGUCUCCUACAAUAAGAAAAAUGCCAAGGGCCCAUCUAAAGAACUUCUAGCAGAAUAUUUGGCCACAGUUGUAGAAAUGCAGAGACUAACAAACUACCACAGGUGAGGCUUUGUCCACAGUUCCAGAAAGACACAAGAUGGUAUCAGAAAGCCAUGCCAAAAUCAAUGACUGAAGGGUUUGGAGAGCCAGAUAAAGAGCCUAGAAAUGUGAUUUAACAGUACUUCAAUCACAUGAUCAGUAGCAGGAGCAAAAACAGCAGCAAACACACGGGAGAUGUAACGACUACAUUGACCAACAACUACAGCAGCUUCCCACAAUUUCU